CACCUUUCAGUUGCCCUCUCCACAAGCAUAUAGGCUCUGAGCUCCAACAUCAAAAAGAAGAAUAAGAACCCAAAAGAAACCCCAAAAAUCAAAAAAAGGAAGAAGAAGAAGAUGGAAAAUCAAGAGGGCAAACAGCAACCCCACCUGAUUCUCGCCAACAAACUCUUCUUGCUCACUCACCCAGAUGUCGACGACAUCGAGAAAGUUCGCCUCCGGGAUGAAGUUUACAACGCCGUCGUUUCAGAUGAUAUGGCGCCAUUGUACGAAACCCUAAUUGCAAAUGGGGUUUUGAAUUUGGAUCAAAAGGUGCUGGAUUCGAUGCGUGCUAAGAUUGACGAGGAACUCAAGCAGCUUGAUGAAAAGAUUGCUGAUGCAGAGGAGAACCUGGGAGAAAGUGAAGUUAGAGAAGCUCAUUUGGCUAAAUCCUUAUUUUACAUCCGAAUUAGUGAUAAGGAGAAGGCCCUUGAACAGCUCAAAGUCACAGAAAGUAAAACAGUUGCAGUUGGCCAAAAGAUGGACCUAGUUUUCCACACACUGCAGAUUGGUUUCUUCUAUAUGGACUUUGAUCUCAUAUCAAAGAGUAUUGAUAAAGCAAAGAACUUGUUUGAAGAAGGAGGUGACUGGGAAAGAAAGAACAGGUUGAAGGUGUAUGAGGGCUUGUUCUGCAUGUCAACACGUAACUUCAAGAAAGCAGCAAAUCUUUUUCUUGAUUCCAUUUCAACUUUUACAACUUACGAACUUUUUACCUAUGACACCUUCAUAUUUUACACUGUCCUUACAAGCAUCAUAUCACUAGACAGAGUUUCCCUGAAACAGAAGGUUGUUGAUGCCCCAGAGAUCUUGGCAGUUAUUGGGAAAAUCCCAUUUUUGUCAGAGUUUUUGAACUCACUUUAUGAUUGUCAAUAUAAAUCAUUUUUCUCUGCUUUUGCUGGCUUAACUGAGUAUAUUAAAUUGGACCGGUACUUGUACCCACACUUCCGGUAUUACAUGAGGGAGGUUAGAAGUGUGGUUUAUUCGCAAUUCCUCGAGUCCUACAAGAGCGUUACCAUUGAAGCUAUGGCAAAAGCAUUUGGGGUGACUGUGGAUUUCAUUGACUUGGAGCUGUCCCGCUUUAUUGCCGCGGGAAAGCUACACUGCAAGAUCGAUAAAGUAGCAGGUGUGCUCGAAACUAAUCGUCCAGAUGCAAAGAAUGCCCUCUACCAGGCAACCAUCAAGCAGGGAGAUUUCUUGUUGAAUCGUAUUCAGAAGCUCUCUCGUGUCAUUGAUCUAUGAGUUAUGUAACUGCUUUUUGCCUUGGGCAAUGACAUGGCAAUUCAGGGAAUUAUGCCUUGAAGUUCUUGAUUAGUCAUCUGAUGUAUUUCUAGCGGGAUGUCCUCAGUUCUUUCCCUGGAACUUGGUGGACUAUUUCAGAUCAUUAUUGAGUCUUAAAAAAAUUAUCAUCUUUAUGCAAUCUUUGGACGGAUCUGCUUGUGCCUUCUUUUACUAUUGUGUUAAAAUCGAGUAGACAACGGAGAAUGUUCACGUCAUUUGAAAUUUUAGAUCAAUGGUUAAUUUGUGCCUCAGUGAUUU